UGGAACGCACUGCAGGGAUGGUGAUUGAGGCGGAUACAUUAGAGAAAUUUAAGAGACUCUUAAUAGCUACAAGGAAGAAAUAAAAUGAAGGCAAUGUGGAAGGAAAGUGUUAAAUUGAUUUCAGAGUAGAGUUUAAAAAAAAGGUAGGCACAACAUCAUGGGUUUACUUACUGAGAGGACUGCAAAAGUGGCAAAUACAUGAAUGGUGUAAUACAAUAGGAGAGGCUAUUCUUAUUUAAUGGAGGUAUGGUUGUUUGAACAAAACUGGGAAAUUAAUAUUCAGAGAUAUUUGACUUUUAGGAAGAUCAAUAAAAAGUAAAAGGGGACACUUUAAUAAGAAAUGAAAUACAUGCUGUUGUGGGAUUAGAGGAUAUUGAUUCCAUUUGAGUGAAUGUAAAAAUAACAAGGAAAAUAAGAUUGAUAGGAGUAGAGUCUAUACAUACUGUGAAAAAACAACAGUAGGCCAAUCAGCCCCUUGCCUUCACUCUGCCAUUUAAUAAGAUGGCAAUUCAGCCAGUCUUUACCUGAACACCACUAUUUCAUCCUUUCCUGAUGCUCUUUGCUUAGAAUUCAAGAAGUUUGUAACAUUAAUUGGGCAAAUUCAAAUAUCAGGUAGUGGCUUGUCUGGCUGUCACUUCAUAGUGAUGAAUUAUUUUAGCAUGUCUUCAAAAUCAGUAGCUGUAAUAUUGUUUAUUAUUUUAUUACAGGAUAUUUUGGGUUAUCUGUGCAGAAAUUUGGUCAAUAAUGUGCCAAUGUUCCAAAAUGCAGAUCCGAACUUUUUGAAAGCUGUUAUCACAAAUCUUCGUUAUGAAGUCUUUCAGGAGGAUGAUGUGAUAAUAAGAGAAGGUGCUGUAGCAGAAAGGAUGUUCUUCAUUGAAUCUGGUAUUGUUUCAGUGGAGACAUCUUACUAUCAAAAACUGCUUUCGGAUGGUGCUUAUUUUGGAGGAUUGUUGAACGAAUUCCAUCGGCGAAAACAAGUACAAGAGAAUUGCUAUCGGCAGUUGCUGAAGCGUUUGAUUAAAAAUUAUCUACUGCCUUUUUAAUUCAAGCGCCAUGAGCUUCACUCUGACUCAGAACCUGAAGGGAAAGCAACGAUUCAAGACCGAGCGGCCGCACGACUAUAUUUACGAUCCCCUAUACGUGUUGUCUAGCGAAAAAGACCAUGCCAAGAUGACCAUGAAGGCAUUCGCAUCCAUUAAUAGAUUUAAAAAAAUACCUGAAUAUAACACCAUGUUCAGUAAUUUACAACAUUUCCCAAGGUAUUUUCUGCAACUGGACCACAACAACCCAGUUCCAAAGUUUAUUGAUCAACGUUGGAGAGGAUAUGAAGAGAAAAGACAAGAUGCCAUCAAGCAAUUGGCAAAGUAUGACUUGUCUCUUAAAAUGCAAAUGCAAGUACCACUGGAUCCAGAUGUGUGUGGCAGAGACCGGUACAAGUAUUUCACAAGACCUAUUAUUCCUUUUGUACAACAGAUGCCUGUGAAUGUAAUUCUGGAAAUGUCCAAGGAUGACACUCUGACAAAUGAUGAGGAUUUUGAUUUUCGGACUCCAUCCAGGCAGACAGUAGGGGUGCAGACAGAUUACAGGGAAAGCGAAACACAAACUGACCCAUACUCUCCAGAAUAUGUUGUGCGUCCUGGAUCAGCUCCUGAGCUUCUCACACUUGCUGCAUUGAAAUUUGGUCGAGGUUUACCAGCAGGUUUAGCGGAAGUGGAAAUGAUAGAACGUGCACGAGAAAAGCGGGCUUGGGAAGCUUCUCUACCUUCACUGAAUGAUCGCUGGCAACUUGAGAAAAGGAAGAAGAUGAUGGAGGAGAUUGAGAGAAAUGAGUGGGCAUUCCGGGAGCAAGAAAUUGAAAAGCUUCAAGAAAUUCGAUUAGAUGUUCUGAAGAGCUUGUUAAACCAACGUGAAGCAAAGCAACAGGAAGUGAAUGUGAAACGGAUUGAUAUUCAGUGGAGCAAACAGCAACAGAAGAAAUCAGCAACUAUUAAGAAGAUAAGACUGGAGCACAUCAAAGAAAUAAGAAAAUUAACAGCUAGGAGAAAAAAUGUGGAAGGGACGCUUGAACGGCGUAGCCUCAUAAAGGACUAUGCUAAUUAUGGUUCAGAGGUUUAUGCACCUAUUUCUCGGAUUGGUCAGUUUCCAGACCAGAACUCAGAGCGAUUUGUUGUGAAAAGCCAUUUUCUAUCCACAUAUGAUGGUCUGCUAGAUUUGGAGGAGUCGCUGCCUGAUUUUGUUACUCAACCACGUAUACGAAUUCAGAGACCAAAACUUACAACAAAGGAUGGCUUCUUGAAGUAUUCUGCUCGCAAGGAAAUGGAAUUGGCUAAGCUUCAUAAGGCCAUAAAGGAUGCAAAAUUUAAAGGAGAAAAGCAAGAAAAGCCUCUCCGCUUUUUGUACAAGAUUAUUAAACCAGUUCCUCGUCCUCCAACACCGACAGUUGAACCACCACCUGAGGGAGAGGAAGAGAAGGAACUAGCUACCAUUUACCUGCAGAAAUUAAUAAGAGGAAGAGCUAUUCAGAAUAUGAUGUUCGAAGGCAAAGAGAAACGUAUUGAGCUACUCCAGGAACUUCGCACUACUCAUGCACUCCAGGAGGACAGGCAGCUAGUGAAGGAAGCAGAAAAGCAGGCGAUUUUAGCCUUGCAGCGAGAACGAGACAUAAAGCAACAAAUGCAUUCUACAAUGGAAGACUAUCUCGCACAUGUGGAGGGUCGUGUACUUGCAGAUAUGUUUGACUUCCUGAAUAAGGAGCUUCAGCGAUUACAGGAGGAACGACGCAUUCAUGCAAUGGUUAUGUUAGCUGAGCGCCGCCGGCGGAUCAGAGAGGCAGAAGAGAGUGGUUUACGUCAAGUGGAGGAGAGGCGCAGAAGGGAAGAGGAUGAAAUUUUCAAACAGGUUGUUAAAGUGCAUCAGACUACAGUGGACUCUUACUUGGAGGAUAUCCUUUUGAAAUCCAUACAAAAUACAGCAGAAGACCAAGCACGCCAAGAGAUCCGUAAAAAGGCUGAUGAAAUCAAUGACAUUGCCUAUGAAAUUGAACAACACCGGACAAAUCUACAGUCAGAAGAGAUUGUUUCAGAGCUGGUGCAUGGCUUCCUCAUUCCAGAAGCACACAAAAUGAUCAUGAGGGACAGAGUAAGACUAUUCCAAAGUAGGCAUCGACUUGCUGCCCAUCGCAUUAUUCAUAAUGAGAGUGACCAAAUUAUAACAAAAGCAAAUAUUCCAGAGUCACCAACAGAAACAGCAUCAAGCAAAGUUGCAGCAGUUGUUCUGAACAAUACAAUCACUGAGGUUGAAGAAACGAUGAAACAGAUGGAUAAAUCAUAAAGUGAGAAACUAGCAGAUUUUAAAGCUGCAUCUGCGAUUCAAAAAGAGGUGGUCAAUUGCAGCAUUGAGAAAAUUGCCCAUGAGGAUAGAACUCAACCUGUUCUUAAUACUAAUAUUUCAGCUAUAAUGAAAUCCCGUCUUAGACCAUGGAAAGUAUAGUUUGUGGAUCUCUCUCUCUCAUAGAACAUAUAGAAUAACCAAGAAGCAUUAUGUUAGCAUUGAUUCUGACCUGGCACAAUCACAAAGACACCCCGGACCUUACUCUGCCAUUAAAUAUCACAUUCAGAUGGAAAGUGAAAAUCUACUUUUCCUAACUAUCCCCAUAACCUUUCUCCCCUUUGCUCAGUUGAUCAUGAUUUUAUACUAGACAUAACAAAUUGCUCCACAUCUAUCCACUUAACACACUGUGUGAGUCACAUAUUGCACUUGAUCUUGUCACUAUGCAGAAAUGCAUCAUAUCACUUUCCUAUAGUUUUUGAAGAGAUCUCAAUUACAUCCAGUUAAGAGCAUCUGUGGAAAGAGUCAAUGUUUCAGAUCAAAGACCCUUCAUAGGAACUAGUUUCUCUUUCUACAGAGGCUGCUUGACUGGCUGAGUUACUUCAAGAUUUUCUGUUUCAGAUUUCAGCAUUUGCUAUCUUGUUUGCUUUCAAUUACUUGCAAGAUACUUAAUAGGCCAUUUGCAUUCAUGCUGUUUACAUUAAUCAAGGAGGUUCAAACAGCUGUUGGCCAAUGAGUCGGUUGUAGUCUGUUUAUAGGGCAAAUGGGAAGAGUCCAGAGUCAAGGCCAUUUUGACAGAUAAGGCUUAAGGCAAAGUGGAAGACGGGCUGUGUCCAAGGCAACCUAUCAUAGAGUCAAAGUUGUAUAGCACAGGAAAAGGCUCUGCAGCCCACCCUGUCCAUGCUGAACUUUGUCCAUCAGCAUUCUUACUCUUACCACUUGCGGUCUGAUUUGUGUUUUGUAACAUUGCUGUUCAAUGCCCCUACUUAGAUAUGUUACACCCAUGUCAUCAUGCCUUCUUCACCACACUGACUACUUUUAAGUAAGUAUGCAUUUGUACCCCAAGGUUCCUCAGUUCAUAAACAUCCCUUAGAACCCUACCAUUUACUCUUAAACCGGAUCCACAUCCUGCUGUAGCCUUAGACAAUUUUCUCCUCUAUCUGUAAUAUCACCAACUUUCAUGCCAUCCACAAACUUACUAAUUAUAUCUCCUACAUUCACAAACAAGUUGUUCAUGUGCAUCACAGACUACAAUGGUUGCAGCACUACCGGUCACAGAUGUUCAUUCAGAGAAGUACCCUUCCACCAUUACCCUCUUCUUAUCACCAAGCCAGUUUUGGAUCCAGUUAGCCAGCUUGCCUUAGAUCUUAAUCUUUGGAACUUGCAUAUAAUGUGGGAUCUGGUGAAAUGUCUUACUGAGGUCGAAGUAGAUAAUGGCAACUUACCUGCCUUCUUUGAUAAUCUUAGUUCCCUCUACAAAUUAAUUUACACAGGAUUUUUUCUGCACACUCACAUUCAGUCUAUAGCAGUAGAAAUCACAAUGCAUCACAACUACUUUGCAUACAGCUUACUCUAAAGAGCAGCAUAGUUUGGAGUCUAUUCUAGUCAUGGGAAAGCAAGUAUCUCCUUUACAGAAACAUGGAUUUGCUUUGUUAGCUGGAUUUCCCAUAGUUCACUAGUUGGUGUUUGCAAUAUGCUGUUACAGUCUUCACCCAUAAACCAUGAUCUGUUCAGGACCUCUGACUACAAGGGAUUUCACUUCCUGAAAGAUUAAUUAGUCAGAAUCACAGCCAAAAAUAUGGCAAAUACAGAGGGAGCUGUCACAUAACUCCUUCAUUCUUGACAGCAUUCACUGCAUUUCAGCAGGCAUACUGGAGCAAUGCAUGGCUCUUUACAGACAAGACUAUCAUAAUAAUUCUCAACACCAGACACCAGCUUGGACUUCAGUAAGUGUAGCCAAAUGCUCUGUAAUGAAAGCCAUUGAGUAUCCUACAACACUGGGAGGUAAUCAUUGAAAUUUCUGUUCAAAAUUGCCAAGACCUGGUUUGCUGUGAGAUUGUACUGCAAUAUAUUUCAGAUUUCUCACUUUGCCAUCUUCUGCUUUAACCUAUAUCAUCCUGUCCAUAUUUGAGGACAUUAUUGCACACAGCACCACACCAAAAGAGGACUAGAAAGAAGAAUAUGAGACUAAAGCCAGGAGGUGGGGAUAAGAGUCUCUUUUAGAUAUGCUGUCACCACCACCUUGUGUUCCUACCUUUUGCUAUAUCUGGGUAUUAUUCCUGUUUGGGCUGGUAUGUGGCAAGUUACAUUCAUGUUACACAAGUGCUUGGGAGUGAACAUUUUCAGUGUUUGAGAGGGUCUAAAUAUUUCAAAGACAAUAUCAUGACUAAACACCUUGUUCCAAAUCUAAAAAUCUAAAAAUAAUCUAAUAAUCUAAAAAUAAACAACUUGGAAUCUACAUUAAUCAGAAACUCACUUUGGCAGAGCAGUCACUCGUAUCACUCAGUGAGCUACUCACCCAACUUUUCAUUGCUUUUUCCCCAUCUGCAGUAUAGGAAAUAACACUUGAAUGGAAUUCCAAACUCCAUUGGCAAGAGAGACUAGUUCCAACCUUGCUGAAAAAUGGAAAGAGAGUACACAUGUGUGAAGUUGAAAGGGAUCUAGGUGUUCUUGUGCAUGAAUUACAAAAAGUAAGGCAAGUUCAAUAAUUUGUUAAUAAGGCACACACCAUGUUGGUCUUUAUUGUGAAGGAGUAACAGUUUAAGAAUAAGCAAGAUUUAAUUGCUGUUUUACAGGUUGUUUGUGAGUCCACGCCUGGAAUACUGUGCACAGUUUUGGUGUCCUUGUCUAUAAUAAUGAAUGCAGCAUUGGAGGCAGUCCAAAGGAGAUUUACCAAGCUAAUUCAAAGACUAGGGGGCAUAGCUUUGUUAGAGCAAAAAAAGUUUAACAGGAGUUAAGUUUUUUUUGUUUUACACGAAGUGGUAGGUGCCUGGAACACAUUACCAGGGAAAAUUGUGGAAGCAGAAACAGUAAUAAAGUUACAGAGCUUUGCAAUAGGCUCAAGAACAGGCAGGGAAUGGGGUAAUGGGAUGGGAUUGGGGGGGGGGGGGGGUUGACGUGCCCUGCAAGAAGAGCAGGGCAGCAGUUUAGGUCUCUAUUCCUUGGAAUUUAGGAUGAUAGGUGACAUCAUUUAAACUCACAAUGUCUAAAGGAGAUUAACAGGAAAGAUGUUCAGAGCUGAUUCUUUCAUUUGUGAAAACAAACUAGGAAAUAUAAUUUCAAAAUAAAGGGCUGGUCAUUUAAGACUAAGUUACAUAGAAAUUUCUGCUCCAAGGGAGGUGAACUUCUGGAAUGUUAUGUCCUGGAGAUGGAGAUAGAUAAAUAUUGAAGACUGAACAUUGAUAAAGACUGAAAAUUUAAGGGGUAUGGAAAACUGACAUAGAGAAGCGUUGAGGCCAACAUAGAUCAGGGAUGAUCAUAUUGAAUGACAGGCAAGAGCCAAAUAGCUUCUUUCUUUUAUUUUCUUCUGUUUUUGUGUAAAGUACCUUUCUUUUCCUCUUCCCUCCUUCCAAGGAGUCAAACCUAGUUUUGCACUCGAUUGGUGUGGAACAGAUUCCUUAGGAAUGAGGAUGAAAUAACACCAUGGCUAAUGUUCUUUAUUGUAACUGUAGCAGAACUUUUUUUUUAACCAAACAUCAGCGAUUCAUAGUCAAAAACUUAAGUUGUUAAAAAAAUGUAAUAUCAGGUAAGAAUGAACAUUAGAUUCAUUGCAUUUUAGCAUACUUUGCUAAAUAUGUAUUUUGGUUAAAAUAAGUACAAUAUUUUGUUAUAAACAGAUUCUGCAGACGCUGGAAAUCUAGAGCAGCGCACAACAAUAUUUUGCUAAAUCUUAAAUGUGGGAAGAGAUUAAUCAUUCUCUUUCAUUGUAAUUUUUUAAAGAUACCUUCCAUCCUCAAGCAUAGUUAUUAUAACAAAAAGAAUGGUGUAGUUAAAUUUUAGAUGAAACUCUUACCUAACAAACAGAUUGCAAAUAGAAAAAAUAUAAAGGUGAGUAAAAGAGGUUGCAUUACAUCAUUCCUUGCAUUGUCUACUGGAUCUCCAAUUCUGUGCUUAAACGAUUUACAACUGUACAACACCAUACAGUCCGUUCUGCCCACAAUGUUGUGCCUACAAAUCUAAUAGCCUAUUUUGAAUAUUAUUGCUGAUUAAUAAACACUUAGCCAUGUUUUUGACACAUCAUUUUCUAUGUCCUCUAGAACAGUUGACUGUUCAGGAAAAAAUGCCCAUGUACUCUAUACUGUUGUUUAUUUAAUAUAUCAGUAAUGUUUGAGUAGUAUUGUAAGUAUAUUAUUUGAUUAAGCAUUCUUUGCUUGUUUAACUAAUUCACUACGGGGUUUAUGUAAAAGUACGUGAAUGGCAUGCAUCAUCAUGCCACCGCGUCAUAUUCAAAUGUCUCGCUAGAAUAAAACAAAGUUAAGACACA